GGCAGUGAUAACGGCUGUCUGAAAGGGCGGAGGCGGCGACCCCAAUGCCAAAAGUGCCAUCACUAGUCCGAUCACGGCAUUUUGGAAGGCAGAUCUGCGCAGCUGGUUGUGCGCACUGGCGCCCCGUCAAAGCAGCAUUUGUGCAGCCAAUUCCAUCCUAGGAGCUUCCAGGCUCUUGCUAGAGUAGACGUAUUCUGAAAGAGAUUCGUUUCCUGAAGGGAGGCAGUGAUUUUCAGCUUAACAAUGUCGCCUAACUCAGAAUCGUCUGUGGAGGACAAGGGGAUAGUCGAGGAUCGCUCCCAGCAUCGUGCAAUCAAGACAGUGGCAGUUCUCUUUGCGAUGCAGGCCGAGUCGACGCCCCUCAUCGAACACUUGAAGCUGACUGUGAACUCAGACCACUUGUUUCCAAAGGGAUCCCCCUGGAUUGUGUACUCCGGGGGCCAUGGCGACGUGCACUUCCACGUAAUCGUACCGGGAAAGGACGGCGAGACAGGUGUCGAUAACGUGGGCACUGUCCCUGCCGCCGUCGCGACAUACGCGGCGAUCGACAAGUUGAAGCCGGACCUUCUUAUAAAUGCGGGGACAUCUGGAGGGUUCAAAGCGAAGGGCGCGGCGAUCGGGGACGUGUACUUUAUUUCCACCUUUGUCAACCACGAUCGGAGGAUACCUCUACCGGGCUUCGAAAAGUACGGGAUAGGAGCAAAGCAGGCAACGCAGGCGCCGAAUUUGGUCAAGGCAUUGGGACUUAAGGAGGGCAUUCUUUCCACCGCCAACUCGUUCGACCUUUCGGAAAAGGACCGGGAAUGGAUUACCAAGAACGACGCGACGGUAAAGGACAUGGAGGGGUCUGGUUUCGCCUGGGUCGCCGCCACGCUGGGCGUUCCGUUCCUUGGGAUCAAAGCGAUCACGGAUCUGGUAGACGGGGGGAGGCCGACGCAGGAGGAGUUCUUGGAAAACCUCCACACGGCGGCGGCCGCGCUUAAAAGGGUUGUGCCUGAAGUCGUCAGUUUUGCAUCAGGGAAGAGACUGAACGAGUUGUGAUUGACCUGGGUUCGUAUUCUUGUUUUGGUCAUUAUACACACUUGACUUCAUUAUAGACGCUUGACUUUUAACAGAUCGGUGCGGUGAAGUCACAUUGUUAUUAACAAACUCAUGCUUGGCAGUGGGUUUGCUGAGAUACCUGUUGUCAGUCAAUUGCGUUGUUUAGAGUACCCAUUAUUCCAAGUUGCGGGGCGACCUGGUCUUUAAUUGAAAAAUAGAACGGCCUCAUCUAUGAUGAGCGGGUACGUGGUCUUAAUUUCUCUGCAUGAAAACACGUCCCUAGGUUGAAUCUGUAAUAUUGUGUACCGGCUCGCGCAUCGAGCUUUAUCUGCUCGAUCGUUUGUCAUUUUAAGCAUGUGAACGGCUGUUCGAAAGGAUAAGAC